CGGCCAAUCAGAUUCACGUUUGUAUCCAGCGACCACGUCUGGGUUUGUUGUUGUAGCAUGUAGGCGCUUUAGAUGAUCUAAAAUGAUCAAAAUAACCGACAAACUUUGUUUACAACAUUAACGACACUUUUUGGGGGGCUUAAAAAAAAUCCUAUAUUACAGGUAGGUAAGGGAGAUCUAUCGGAAAGCUACCCGGCACUAAUUACAUUAUCUAGGGACAUUUUAGUUUUAGCUUAGCCGGAGUGUUGUUUACCGUCGAGUUAAAUACCCAUCGCGGGUAGGACAGGGUGGACCAAGUCUAUUUAUCUGUACAGGGUGUUUUAGAAACUAGUUUAUAAGAUUAUUGGGCCCGUUAUUGUGGGAGAAUAAAAACAGAAGUAUCUUUUAGCCUGCUAGCUAGAAUCAUCACAGCGCUGAAUCAUGGGCUCGGUACUCGGCCGAAGGAUCGCCGGGGUGGAAGAUAUCGAUAUCCAGGCGAAUUCCGCCUACAGAUUUCCUCCUAAAUCUGGGAACUACUUUGCUAGUCACUUCUUCAUGGGAGGGGAGAAGUUUGAUACCCCUCACCCUGAAGGUUACCUUUUCGGUGAGAAUAUGGAUCUCAAUUUCCUAGGCAACCGUCCUGUGCAGUUUCCGUACGUGACCCCGGCACCGCACGAGCCCGUGAAGACUCUGAGAAGCCUCGUGAACAUCAGGAAGGACUCCUUGCGCCUCGUCAGAUAUAAAGAUGAUGGCGAUACACCCACUGAGGAAGGAGACAAACCCAAGUCUUUAUACGGAGUGGAGUUUACUUUUGACUCGGAUGCCCGAGUAGCCAUGACUAUCUACUGCCAGGCGUUUGAGGAAUUCUCCAACGGAAUGGCCGUUUAUAAUCCCAAGAGUCCCGCUAUGGUGUCUGAGACGGUGCACUACAAGCGAGGAGUGAGCCAGCAGUUCUCCUUACCCUCCUUCAAGAUCAAUUUUUCUGAAUGGAAGGAGGAAGAUCUAAACUUUGAUCUGGACAGAGGUGUUUUCCCCAUGGUCAUCCAGGCCGUAGUGGACGAAGGAGACGAUUGUUUGGGACACGCACACGUGCUGUUGGCUGCCUUCGAGAGACAUGUUGAUGGCAGCUUCUCGGUGAAGCCUUUAAAGCAGAAACAAAUUGUGGAUCGGGUCAGUUAUCUGCUCCAGGAGAUUUACGGCAUUGAAAAUAAGAACAACCAAGAGACAAAGCCAUCGGAUGAUGAGAACAGUGACAACAGUAACGAGUGUGUGGUGUGUCUGUCGGACCUGCGGGACACACUCAUCCUGCCCUGUAGACACCUGUGUCUUUGUAACUCAUGCGCAGAUACACUGCGCUACCAGGCGAACAACUGCCCCAUCUGCAGACUACCAUUUCGUGCCCUGCUGCAGAUUAGAGCAGUGAGGAAAAAGCCCGGGGCGCUUUCUCCUGUCUCUUUCAGCCCUGUUCUCGCUCAGAGCAUGGACCAUGACGAGCACUCUAGCUCAGACUCGGUUCCUCCAGGCUUUGAACCCAUUUCCCUUUUGGAGGCUCUCAAUGGCCUCACAGCCAUGUCCCCUGGUGUGCCAUCAGCCCCGCUGUACGACGAAAUCAACUUUUCCGGCAGCCUGAGUGGAGACAGCAGGCAGCUGAGCUCUCCUGAACACUCUGGAGAAAGCAGCCUUCAAAAGAGCAAAGUUAGCAAGUCACCAGACAGCACGCUCCGCUCACCUUCAUCACCUAUUCAGGAGGAAGACGAGGAGAAGCUGUCGGAGAUGUCUGACGCACAGGCCCACACCAUGCUGUCAAGCAGUCCAGCUCCGACUGAGGGCACCGGUGCAGAGGAUGCUCCUGAUUCCCUUUCUCCAGAAGAUGAGGACAGGGUGAAUUCUGAAGGAGAGAUGAUGAUGACCGAUUGCAUCAGCGAGCGCAGCAGCCUGACCAAAGCCGAGAGCGACCCACCCGCUCUGGGUCCUGAUUCCUGCUCUAUCGGUAUGGAAGAGUAACUCUGGUUUGUCGGGCUCCAUGGAGAGUUUGAUCACUCGGAGCACAAGCUGCUCUAGCCAGCCGCUGCUCUGUCCCAUGAGCACUUUGCACAUGGAGGACGACUAAAUGGACCUUCAUCCUUUUCUCUUCUCCUGACUUUGCCUAAUCCUUCAAUUCUCCAGUCCUAUUCAUUCAACCAUCAGCAGCUAACCGGUUUCUACAUGCUUUUUUUUGUGUGCAUUUCUGUUGUUUUAUCUGUUCCGUAGCGCGUUUUUAUUUAUUUUAGCGUAAAACGACGGUCAGAAAAUAGGAUUUGUUCUCUUUGAUCUUAACGUGGAAGAGGCAUUAGUGAAGAGUAUUACUACAGAUUCAUCACUAACCGGAUACAGUUCACGUUGAAAGCACAAUUUUGCAACUUAUAGUAUAAUUAUUAUUCAAUACUAUGUUUUCUUUUUUCAUAUUUUCUUCCAUUCAUAUUUUAACGACUAAAUGAAAGCAGUGUUGAAUGAGAUAGAGAUAUUAAAGAUAUUAAAUAUUACACAUCUGUAAACUAAGCGAAUUUGAUAUGAAGACGUGUUUUAUAAGUCCUAAAGCGCAAUCACUUUUUUUUUUCUCUCACAUUUUUCUGAGUGAUGGAGGGACCCUUACCUUCUUUGGAAGACGUGCGUACGCGGAAGAUCUGCUUUAUUUUUUAGCAGUUUUAUGACCAAAUAUAUCGCUCCAAGUGCAUUCACAUCUUUCCCUCGGGCCAUAGUCUGUCGAACGAACUCGAGACACUACGUUUUUUUUUUUUUAUUAUCCAUGAAUGAAGUCAUUCCUCGAACAUAUGUUCUCGUGAAGGAGAAACGCGGCUCAUCACAUGUAAGCUGUAUUCAUUCCGCAUCCUGAAUCCGAACCCACCACAAUGUGCAGUGUCAUGCAGCUGCUUUGUAAAUGCAGCAUUGUGCAGAGAGGCAUAUGUGCCUUUAAAAACCACAUCUGGCUACUUUGUGCUUUGAGCUGUUCAGGGCUUGUGAUUAAAGAACACAUUCGGAGGCUUGAGAAGUGUGUAUUCUUUCAGCUUUCCGCAUACAAGCGUGCGGCGAAGUGGCUGGUGUUAACGUUUCUUGGAUACUAUGCGAAUAUUUCUAAAAUGGUUUACCAGUGUUUUAUGACUAAAGCCACAAUAUUACAUUAUAUAAUAUUACAUUACAUAUUAAUUGUGUGUGCACAUGUGACAGCUAUCGAGUGCGAUCUGACUAGAUUUAUAAUGACUACAUUGCUAAUCGCUCUGUUAAUAAAGUGCAUAUGCAAUAUGAUAAGUGGCUUUACAUGAAGAUCAGACGACGCUCUGCAUGAUGUGUAAAUAAAGAUGAUCUAUUUAACA